AUGUAUGACAACAUCUCUGAUUUCACAAGAUAUGAUGACGACCAUGACCCCGAACACGGUGAAGAAGAAGUUUUACAAACAUCCAUUAAGACAGGAAAGGUUUUAACUCAAAGUCUCAUUAUUGACACCAAAGAUGGCGAAGUGGACGUUCUUCAAGAGUUGAAGAAAAAUACUUCUUCGGGAGGUGGUGGUAGGCAUGAACUUGAAAUAAAUGAGAUAGAAAAGAAAUUAGCCGAAAAAGCAGAUAAAAACCAUGUUCAUUAUAUAAGUUCAGACGAACAGAUUAUAACGGACUACCAUGGAUAUUUAACACAGGAUGAACAAAUAAGCACUGAAGAUGUUAAUGAAAGAAGAUAUAAAUUCAUUCGUGCUAAAGGUUAUGACAUACACUGUACUGUACAGUAUGACACAGGUAAAGCACCAGAAGCAUUUGGUUAUAACAAUGAAAUUUAUGCUUCAUACUUCUUUGUUAACGGUGUAUUAGUUGAACCAAGAUUUACAUUGAGAGUUAAGGCAAAAAUAACUUUUGAAGAUGCUAUUAAAAGUAAAGCUGACAAAGAUGAACUUGACGCAACGAACAAAGUUUUGAAAUCUCAUAAACACAAUAUCUCCGAUAUAAAUGAACUUCAAGCUACAUUAAAUAGUAAAGCUGACAAGAACCAUACACAUGAAUCCUUCACUACUGUUAGAGCAGACGACAUAAUAUUGAACUAUACCCUUGGUUCAAGUGCACCAUUAGAGAAUCCAAGUACAAGCGUAAAAGAUACACUAAACUCCUUAAAUAGUAAAUGUAUGAACAUUGAAGGUCAUGUCAGAAACUUUGAAACAUAUAAACUACCAGCAAU